AUGUCUAGAAGAAUAGUUCCUCUUCUCAAUAGAAUUAUUAUUCAGAAAGCAGAAAUCCCUAACAAGACAGCUGGAGGAAUUCUUUUGCCUGAAACAAAGGAUAAAGACACUCAAGUUGGGACUGUAAUUGCAGCAGGCCCUGGAGCAAUGUUCGAAAAUGGAAGAACACGUGAGACAAUAGUAAGACAAGGGCAAAGUGUUUUGCUUCCAUCAUAUAGUGGCCAAGAAGUUGACAUUGAUAAUGAGAAGUUCUACAUCUAUAAAGACACAGAAAUUCUGGCUAUACUUGAAUAA